AUGAGGGCAAUAAAGAUCUUUCUUCAUGGAAACAAUCUUAAUAGCCUUCACCAGCUUAUACACCCUGACUGCUUACCAUCAGAGUUUGGAGGGACUCUUCCUCCCUAUGACAUGGGCACGUGGGCUCGGACGUUACUCGGACCAGACUACAGCGAUGAGAAUGAAUACACUCACACGUCCUACAAUACCAUGCACGUGAAGCAUUCGUGUUCCAACCUAGAGAGAGAAUGCUCUCCAAAACUCAUGAGAAGGUCUCAAUCAGUGGUGGAACCCGGAACAUUAAAACAUGAAGAACAGAAUGUGAAUGAGAACACCCAGCCACUACUCGCUCUAGACUGA